GCCUGCUCAGGGCAGAAUGGCUUGAUACGAGGUACCGAUUUUGAGAGCAUACGCACUACCAUUGCAACAUUCUCAGCGCUCUAUUUUGUGCGGUGGGUGACUAAAUAUUGGAUGAGCUUUCGCUUCAAAUGUCAAACAACUCGCAAUUAUGGGCGAGCAGAAUCGGGAUGUGUACGAGGCCAUGCUGAUCUCAUUGUAUCUCUUUUUUUUUGCAUCAGCUUGCUGUCGUGCGUUAGAACAUGUCGCGCGCACAUGCAACAAGCUAAGCCGCGACGUGGACGCUAUUGUGCACGCCCGGCGAUGAGAGAGUCCUAUUGCCUCUUUGGACGUCCCCGAAUGUUAUACAACAAAUUGUGCGUGUUUUCCGGCUAUGUAUGCUCACGUUCGGGCUGAACAUUGACGGUCCUACCCAUACGUUAUAGUGAUACCGGUAUCACAUGGAGAA